AUGGCACCAGUACCAACUAGUCAAGAGGUUACAGAAUUGGUAAAGAGAUACUAUUCAAACUACGGUUACAACCGUGGUAGAACAUACAGACCAUGGUGGGUCGUCUUUAUUGUUGUUGUUCCUAUUAUCAUUAUACUGUUAUUAUGCUGCUCUUUUAGAAGACGUAAUUUCAAAAGAAAAUCACAAGGUAUGGCUCCUGUACCAUACACUGGCUGGACAACUUAUCAAUGGAAUGGUAAUAAUCAACAAAACCAACAACAGCCUUAUUACAAACCAGAAGGUGGCCAACAAUAUGAUUACAAUAAUCAACCAAAUUCAAAUACUUAUAACCAACCACCAAACUAUUACCAAACUACCGGAAAUGCUAGAGAUUCAGGUGUGAACGAUACAGCAUAUCAAAGACCUGAAGGUCCUCCACCUGGACAUAAUGAACCAACUUAUCCUCAAAAUGCUUAUACCAAAUCAUAA